AUGGGACGCGCUUCUUUGGCGAACUUGUUAAUCUUUGGGUUCCUGGCAAUCGUUGCCAAGGCCGUCUACACGACCAAGCUCGUGCCGUACGAGGAGAACGGCAAGAGCUAUCAGUGCAAAUGCUCGCCGGCGGACGACUGCUGGCCCAAGGCUAACUUGUGGGAUGCCCUCAACAUCACUGUCGGGGGCAACCUUAUUAAGAACGUGCCGCCUGCCGCUGUCUGCUACAACCAGUACCGCGGUGUUUCAACAUUCGACGCAGGCAAAUGCGCUGAAGCCACGGCUAAGUGGACUGAUGAAAGAUGGCAGAUCUCCCAGCCAGCAUCGCAACUCUGGACCUGGGGCAGCAACAACACCUGCGAACUCACGACAGAUCCGACCAAGACGUGCACUCUGGGCAACUACCCCGAGUAUGUGAUCAUCGCCAGGAAUAAAAUGCACAUCAAGGCCGGUGUCGACUUUGCGAGAACCAAGAACUUGCGCCUGGUGAUCCGCAACACGGGCCACGACUUUGAGGGCCGGAGCGCGGGCGCCGGCUCGCUGGCCAUCAACACCCACAACUUCAAGGACAUCUCUUUCGUUAACAACUACGCGGGCCCUGGCGAUUACAAGGGACCUGCGAUGACCAUCGGCGCCGGCGUGCAGGGUUACGAGAUUUCUGAUGCGGCGCAUGCGAGGAAUCCGCCUCAGAAUGUUGUUACGGGCGAGUGCGAGACUGUUGGCGUUGCUGGAGGCUUUAUGGGAGGCGGUGGCCACGGCCCUCUGAGCGGUCUCUAUGGAUUCGGUGCCGAUAACGCGCUGUCGUUCGAAGUUCUCACGGCGGCCGGAGAUUUCAUCACUGCCAACCAGAACAGCAACUCCGACCUCUACUACGCUCUUAAGGGCGGUGGUCCCGGAAACUACGCCGUCGUCUUGUCAGUCACCUUGAAGACUUACCCUGAUACCACGCGCGGAGCCGCUCUCUUCCUAAACGUCAACGCAACCACCGGAGCCAACUUCACCCAAGUCACAAAGGCAGUGAACAAGCUCCACGAACUCGGCAACCAGAUGGUCGACCAGGGUCUCUACGCCAUCUACGAGUUGUAUCCUCCCGUCAUCGGAGGUGCCCUCCACAUCCAGCCGAUUAUGGGCAUGAACAAGACAGCUGCGCAGCUCACCGCUAUCAUGCAGCCUCUUUUCUCCUACCUCGACUCCGAAGGCAUCCCGUACGACACCGGCGUCAAGGAAUACCCCAACUACUACACCCUUUUCCACGACUUCUUCGAGCCCGAGGCCGCCGCUCAGAACGGUCUCACCGGAGGCUGGGUUUUCACCCACCAAGACAUGCAGCAGAGCAACCAGGCCGCUGUUGCGGAUGCCAUCCAGCUUGCACUGGCACCCGCAUCAGACAAGUUCGGCAUCGUCAUUAGCCAUCUCUUCGACCCUGGAAUGACAGUGAAGACGCCGCAGAGCGCAACCCACCCAAAGUGGAGGGGCGCAACCAUGCGCACAAUGGCCAUUCUGCCUCAGGCCCUGGACGCGACAUGGGCUCAGAAGCUGGCCCUGAACGACUUGAUGGUGAACACAAUCACCGAGAAGUUUAAGCAAGCCGCCCCCAACGGCUUAGCCUACGUGAACGAGAAUUAUGCAUUCAUGAAGAACUGGCAAGACGCCUUCUGGGGACCCAUUUACCCCACGCUGGCCGCGACGAAGAAGAAGUGGGACCCGAACGGCGUCUUCUUUUCCUGGUCUACCCCGGGCAGCGAGGACUGGACUGUCGUUGACUACCUGAAAAGGUUGUGCAAGAAGAAGUAA